AUGAGAUUAACCUUUGUGGGUGCUCUAAUUGGAGCAUGGGCAAGCUAUGCGGUCGCAGAAACGCUGGUCACUCGCGAGGUGGUAACCAAUCUCCCGGCUGGUUGGAAGUUCGAGAAGCCAGCGAAGGCAGAAGAACCGAUACAAUUGUCAAUCGCACUCAAGCAACCUAGAAUCAAUGAACUAAAAACCCGUCUCAAUCGUAUCAGCGAUCCGCGACAUGCUGAAUACGGAUACCAUCUCACGAGAGAUGAAGUAAAAGCCUACCAAGCACCCGACCGAAAGACGUUGAAUUUGGUCCACUCGUGGCUCAGGUCGAACAAAAUCACAAAUAUAACUAACGAAGGCUCAAUGGUGAAAUUUACUUCGACUGCUGCGGAAGUUAAUAGGAUCCUUCGCGCCAACCUAGGAUAUUAUUCUUUCCAGGACUCUUCAUCAUUCAUUCGUGCUCAAUCAUAUGCACUGCCUCGGAUACUUGACGGAAAUGUCGAGUUUAUAUAUCCAAUCUCUAAUUUCAUGCCACCACCUCAAUCUAGACUUAAGCACCGCCCUUCUCGAAAAGCAGCCUUCGAAGCGAGCGACGACGACCAGCCUUGCUCAUCAGGUGUCACUCCAGCGUGUCUCAAAAAGCUUUAUAAUGUGACAUAUACCGACACUAAAACGCCCAUAGAGUCGCCUGUCCGAUUCGGAAUAGCUGGCUUCCUUGAGCAGUGGAUCAAAUACGACGAUGUUUCCGAAUUUCUUGGAAGAUAUUCACCGGAACUCGCACCACUGAAUUAUAACUUCACGGUUGUCACGCUAAAUAAUGGUACCAAUCCUCAGCCUAAUGUACCAGAAUCGAGAGCGGGGUUGGAGGCUAGUUUAGAUGUCGAGUACGCUAUGGCCCUUGCCUAUCCGGCGAAUGUGAUUUACUAUUCAACAGGAGGACGAGGCGAGAAGGUUGAUCGUGAGGGAGACUUAAUGCCAUCGAAUAGGAGCGAUAAUGAGCCAUACCUCGAGUUCUUCCAGUACCUUCUUGACCUCAAGGACGAAGAAAUACCCCACGUUAUGAGUAUCUCAUAUGCUGAUGAUGAGCAGUCGGUGCCAACUCCAUAUGCUACUCGCGUGUGCGACCUUUUGGCUCUUGUUGCAGCUCGUGGUAUUACAGUUCUCUCUGGAUCGGGCGAUGGCGGCGCUGGUGGUAUAGGGCAGAAUCAGUGUUAUAGUAACGAUGGCCGAAGGCGUAAGAUAUUCCUCCCCACGUUCCCAGCCAGCUGCCCGUAUGUCACGGCUGUAGGCGCAACAGGAAAUACUCUACCUUUAGAAGGGGCCGAAUUUAGUACAGGUGGCUUCAGCAACUACUUCUCUAGGCCAGAGUGGCAGAAGGGCGUCGUGGACGAGUACAUAUCUACCCUCAACGGAUCUCACAGAGGUCUAUAUAAUGCAUCCGGACGGGCGUUCCCUGAUAUUAGUGCUACCGGUACGAACUACGUCAUCCAAGUAGGCGGCUACCAAACCGACGUACUUGGAACGAGUGCCAGCACACCCGUUGUAGCUGCUCUAGUGGCGUUGAUCAAUGAUUCGAGGUUGAAGGCAGGGAAGAAUAGUACAGGAUGGCUUAAUCCAGCGCUGUAUUCACAACCUGUUAGGGAAACGCUACAAGACAUCACGACGGGCGUCAGUCAGAAUUGUGUAUUUGGCGAUGAUAAAGAGCCUGGAUGGGAGAGUGUAAAGGGCUAUGACUGUGUAACUGGUCUCGGUUCCGUUGGUGACUUUACGAAGCUGUUGAAUAUGUUAGGGUAG